UGUAGCGCAGACUCGGACCUGCUCCAGCUGCUGACAGCAAGGAGCAGCUGUUCUGACUUUGCUUUGACUCGGAUUUACCUCAACAUGAGCAACUGAUCCCAGCUGAAGGUUUAACAAAAGUCCUAUCUGCGCGUAAAACUUGUCAACGUUAACAAUGAAGAAGGGACUGCAUUUUUUGGGCCGGAAGAACCAAUCUCUUUAUGACACCAACAUUAAAAUCCCGGACAGGGACAGCGUUGAGUUGGUGCUGGACUCAGAGUGUGCAGUCUUCGAAUCGGGAACUGCCAACGUGAGGGCCAGACCCACUGUCAAGCAUCACACUCCCUCAUUUGAAACUUUCCAAGGAUUUGCUGUCCCAACUCCAAAAGUCCCUGAACUUCCCCCUGCCAAUGGCCCAAAGAUCAAUGGGACAGAUACUGGAGAUUCGUCAUCCAUUGGAUCUUUUGUAUCAGCAGCAGGACAUGUUGAAGGGAAGAUCUUUGUUCCUCCUCCUCCACCUUCAGUGGCCCCUCCACCCCCUCCAGUGGAUUUCAUCCCUCCUCCACCAGACUUCAUGGGUGACUUAAACACCUUAGACCCUGUGGUCCUCCAGCCUCCAUCUAUGUCCGCUCCAAAGCCACCAUCGAUGGUGGAGGAGGAUUUGUCUCUCUUAAAACCACCGCCGAUGGCCCCUCCAAAACCUCCGUCUGCCUGCUCUUCCGGAUCUGGGUCAUCGGUACUCCCCUUUGUUCCACCACCAUCCAUAGUGCCGGAACGUCCAAAUUUUGCACCACCCCAGCCCCCUAUGGAAAAGCAGCCCAAGAGUCAUAAGAUCCCACCUCCAAAACCCAUUAGAAUGUCCUCUGUGUCCACUACUGAGCUGCCGCAAAAUUCUCCUGCAUCACUGCCCCUUGUGCACAUGCCAUCAUUGUACACCUUCAAUCCCCAAAACAAAUCAAAGGUUUAUGAUCCUCCAAAGACCACAGUUCAGAGUGGGUAUGAUAAUCAGAAGGCAAAACCACAGCAGAUGUUAGCCUUGCAAGAAUCAGGGUCAGUUAACUCUGCUCCUGUGGUGGGGGCAGUGAAUGGAAAAGCCCCUACAGCUGCUCAGCUAACUAAACCAGAGCCCAAGCCUGUAGAAAAACUGAAGGAGGCAUUAGAAGUAACCAAACAGUCUCAAUUACCUGAGGUCCACAAAGAAACUAAAACAGAGGUUAAAACUGAGGUUAAAACAGGGGCUCCAACAGAGGCCAUAGCAAAGGCUAAAGUUGACACCGUUCCUGCUCCAUCUGAUAUAACCAAAUCCCUCCAGCCUCUACCAUUACAGAAAACGACUAACGAUCAAUUCAGAGAACAACAAGAGAACAACAAGAAGACACUAGAAGUAUCCUCUGGUCAAGGCCGCAGUUUCAGUCCUCUUUUGGAUCGUAAACUGUACAACCUGAAGGCUAAAGAAACCAAACCCUCUUCAACAUCCCCGCUGGCUCUCCUGAAGGCAGCUAAGGAAAGAGAGAAAAAUAGAAUUACUCAAUCUUUGUCCCGCGAAUGCAGCACCAACAGGAGUGAACCAACAAAUCCUAAUUCAUUCACUGCCAUCCCAAAGUCUGUUGUCUCAGCUGUACCUAGUCAAAAAAGUCUACAGGAGAAUGCAAGUGUUAGGCCUGCAGAACCUAAAACAACGAUUCAGGCUCCAGAAAAACCCAUAGGUUCAACUGCACUGGCCAAAGAUCAGAAACUAUCAAGUGAUCCAGUUUUAAGUAAAUUUACAGCAGUUUCAUCUCCAACUAUGAGCAGCCUGGGUGACCAGAAGCAAAGAGCAGAGGAGAAGUUCUUAAAGUCCCAGGAUGUACAGAAUAAUAUUCCUAAAGAGGAGGUGAAUUUGCCAAUGCUCCCUCCACCGCCAGAGUUUGACGACUUUGAUCAAAUACCAGAGCCAUCCAUCUGUCCCCCUGAUCCCCCCGCAACAAAAGUACCAACACCACUUGUAGUCACAAAGUCUCUAGAUCAAGCCCUAGCUUCAGCCCCAGCUCCAGUUAGAGUCUCAGCCAGAGCUCCAGCUCCAUCUUCAGCUCCUUCAACGUCAAAGCUCCCACCAUCUGACGUACUUGUCAAACCAAAGACUAAAGUCCAGACUAAAUCCAGUCAAGCUCCCACUCAACUACCAUCCAAUCUUUCACCCAAGCAGGCCACCCUCCUUAGCAUUUUACAAAAAAAGAUGUUGGAAAUGGACCAAAAAAUGGCCCCAGGUAACGAGUCAGAGCACAGUUUUGAUGACUGGGGUACCGCCUUGUCUGAUGAAGACAACAAGGUGCCAGUAGCACCGCAAUCCAAACCGGUCACCAAAUAUCCCCCUGCCCCCACCAGCAAAACAGCAUCUUUAGACAUGAGAGCAUUGGAGAACAAAGUGGCCAAGAAAUACCAUCAGAGUGUACAAGUGAAAAGUCCCCCCAGAAAUGGGAUACAUUCAAGACAUCAGUAUGGCAGGACGUUCACCAUCAGGCCUGGAACCAAAGACCCCAUAACUCUUGUUAAUAAAGGGGACUCCUAAGGGUCUUUGGAUGUUGAACAAACCUGUUGUAUAUACGAUGGCAUAUGCCAAGGCCCGUUCCAAACAUGGAUAUUUAGUAAAACUGAGAAUUUAUUUUUGUCUGCACCUCCUGUUCCCACACAAACCAAGUUUUGGUUGAAAAACAAAAACAGUUUUCUAAAUGGAGAUUAAGAAAAGCUAAAUUUUUGGGGUAUGUGUGUGGACUGGGUAUUCAGAGAUUAUGAAAAAACUGACUCAGAGGUCCACUUUGUCCAUGCCCACCCUGGCUUUCUUUGCUAGAAACUUCACCAACAAUGGAGCAGUUUUUUCUGGGUUUUCGUACAUCUGAAUGUUUUUAUUAAAUUUCAAAUGCAGGCAGAAGAAGUUACAAUUAGCGUAGCACUGCUUUAGCUAUGCUCAGGAUCUUCUUUUACAUUUUCAUGCAGUAAACAUCAGCGUUGUCACCACCUGUGGGUGCAGCAUAGGUAUUACAGCUUUUUUGAGUGCAAUUGUUUUUCUUCUUUUUUUUAAAAAAAACAAAGAAACUAAUAUAAGUAAAAAAUAUCCACUGUAAAGUAGCUGGGGCCUGAAUAGUAUGUAAUUUUACAUUAGCAGUAAUUUGUGGAAUGACACAAAUGAUUAGCUAUAUUGUUACAAGUGCUUUCGUUAUUAAUUAGGAAGCCUUUGCUUUCAGUUUCAAGAUGUUUGUCCUGUUUUUAAAAUGUAACGUUUUUUUUCAAAUUUUCACAGUAACAUUGAUAAUUUGAAGUAUAGGGUGCAGUGUUUUUUGUCUUUUUAAUCAUAUAUUUUAAUUAGAGAUGCACGAAUUAAUCUGCCAGUUUUUCCUUGAUCGGCUCUGAUUGGUUAUUAUUGAUUGCCCCAUUCUCUUGAAAUGCUUCAAGAACUCCCACUAUUUCCAUCUAUAAACACAUCAACCAAAAGCAUCGAAUUUGAUGCACUUUUUAAGCUUAAUAAAAAUCUGGUAAUUGUUGGGGAAAUAUGAUUGGUUCAUAAAUGGGUAUAAUCUUGUUAUUUUGGGGGUAAUCUUGCAAGAUCAAAGAACCUGCGUGUUAGUUUUUCUCUUUUUCAUGUGUUAUAGUGCCAAAUCAGUCAAAAUCAGGACUUGCUGGUCAGACCUCAGAGAGAUCAGGAAAUCGGUAUCAGGCAGCAAAAGGCAUGACCUGUGCAUCUUUAAUUUUUUUAUCAAUCUCAAAUUUAUAUAAUUCCUUUUAUGUAUCAACAUCCUGUAGUUGAUAAAGACUUAUGUAGUUCUCUCAAAUAUUGGAUGUAAAAUAUGAUACUAUAUAAAGUAAGUGUAUAAGCUGGAAUUACACACACUGUGCCCAUAACAUUCAUCCACUGUUACAUGUACAUAAGUCCACCAGAACAAAGCAGAAUGUCAGUUUAGGUUACCAGUUGCAUGUUUUUUUUAUAUUUAUUAAUUUUAGGAAUAUUUUACUAUCUCGAAAGUUUUCCUAUGUGUGUAAAUUAUAAAGCUUUUAUGAAUA